CUAUCUCAUUUAAAAUUGACGAGAGUUUGUGAGUCAUUUGCUUGAAACACGAAUAACGUGAAGAACUUUCCAAUUUCGAGGAAAAUUUCACUAAAAAGUUUUUUUCCGGAAUUAUUGUGACAGCGAGAAAAAGUCGCAUACAAGAUGAAUGACGACCAGGGUACGGAGAGCAAUCGCACAUCGACGACGCAACCACCGCCACAGGCCCGCCUUAUCGAACAUGUCAAAGAAAACAAAAUAGAUGUAGCAUUAUGGGCAACUCGAGUAUUAACAAUUGUAUUUGCAAUUGGUUAUGUUUUUCCAAUAUUUGGAACGUCCCAAAAUAACUUCAAUAAGGUUCUGUUAGCUAAUGCAGCAACAAGUGCAUUGCGACUACACCAACGUAUUCCAUCAUUCGCAUUCAAUCGCGAAUUUUUAAAUCGAUUGAUAAUGGAGGACUCGUGUCACUAUUUAUUAUUUUCUUUGAUAUUUUUCUACGUUAGUCCAGUCUUUUUGAUUGUGUGCCCCGUGGUAUUGUUUGCUGUUCUGCACGCGUCCAGCUAUUCACUUAAAUUGUUAGAUAUAAUUGGACAGAACUCAUGGUGGGGGGCAAGGUUCUUCAUUUCGAUUGUAGAAUUUCAGACGACCAACAUUCUACGAUUAGCCGCAUUCUCUGAAAUAUUUUUGAUGCCGUUGACGGUCAUAUUAGUUUUCAUGGGUCGCGCUGGUCUAAUGACACCAUUCGUCUACUAUCACUUCCUAUUCAUGCGUUACAUGUCACGACGCAAUCCCUACACCCGGACCAUGUUCACUGAGUUGAGGAUGGCCACCGAAUCACUGGCAUGUCGGUCACCACCAGUUGUUUCGAAAAUUCUACGUGGUGGAGUUGCAUUCGUAUCACGUCUGGCGCCACAAACACAGGUGCCACCACCACAAGCUAAUUAGAUAUUAGUAGAAUGUAGUUUGCGAAAGCAGAGACAUUUAUACCUAAUUUAAUGAUUUAGGAUAUAUUCUGUUCGGUUGAAAAUUCUUUACUGGUAUGACUCGUCUUAUAUUGUUGUCGUUUGUUAAUCGUUUUAUAUCGCAAUAGUUCUUUCUUCUCCGUGCAAUCUAAAUGUGUAUUUCCCUAGUGUAAAGAUAACCACGAUCAUUUAUGCACAUCACAGCCAACAAUUAAAAUUCACUUUCGGUUAAACUGCGUGUAAAUCAACCCCAAUUCGAAAAAGAAUCGUUUCAAACUGAGUUUUACGUGUGAUGUUAUUAAGUGAACCUCUUUUUCGGGUAUCUAAGAAAUUUGUUUGAUGUUUAUAGGAAGAACUCGUCGCACUCUUGUAAAGAUGUACACCAAAGCGUUUUAGUUUCUUGUUAAAUACAUUCUUAAUGACAUUUACUAAAGAUAUGAUUUGGAUAUUUUCAUUUGGAAUUGCCGAUACUCUUUACGAUUAGUAACAUAACAUUCAAAUUUGGUUUCUAUCGUGUAAUGCGAAGCACGCUCAAUGUGAAAGGAACAACCAUAUGAAGAAUUUUGUACCAAUAUCAAAGAUUUAAUUUUAAAUGAAAGUGGAAUGAAAGGUAUUAGAGAAGAAGGAAGUUUGUCAUAGUUUAAACGGUAGCUAGUAAUCGCAACAUGAAUAACAUUGAACAGCGGAUCUAUUUUAACGGCAGAGCGCAGUAAGGAGUAAUUUAAGAGAUCACGGAAUAACAAUUUCUAAAAUGAGUGGUGGUUCACCACUUUUCAAUUUGUAGAAGAGAAAUGUGGUAAAAAUAUAACAUUUUGCAUAAUGUGUAGGGAAA